UUACGACAAUAUGAUUAUAUGUGCAUAGGUACAACCUUGACAUCAGUGCUUUUUAACCAAGAAAUUAUACAUAUUCUCUAUUUGGACAACCACGUAAUCUAUUUAAACAUAAUAAUGGUGCAGGGUGCAUGUCUCCUUGCUGGAUUUAUAACAAUUUCUGCAUGUAUUAAGCAUGUAUCCGCUGACAGAAAUGAAACACAUAAUAACGAAGAGAAGAUCUUAAUUCUCGGUGCAGGUAUAUCGGGAAUAUCAGCCGCGAAAACUUUACAUGAUCAAGGUUAUACAAACAUAGAGGUGCUGGAAGGUUCGAACAGGGUUGGUGGUCGUGUGAAGUCUGUGAACCUCUCAGGGUAUGCUGUAGAACUUGGUGCCCAGUGGAUAUAUGGCGCUGGAAGUAAUCCGAUGGUGAAACUGGCAUCAGAAUACAACUUGGAUUUUAAACUAGGUCUUGACACAUGGACACUUCGCGACGAUCUAGGAAACGACCUUACGGAAAAUGGAUACGAAGAGUAUAAAAAGCUAGUACAAGCUUUAGGAGAUUUACAUGUUUUUUCUACAGAAAUGAGAAAUAAUGGUACCUCCGAUAUGACAGCAGAAGCUUUGCUUCGAUUCUGUGGCUGGAGUCCCGACAGCGUUGUUGCUGAUGCUGUCGAAGCGGCUUUUAUCGACGCAGAAUUUGGCAGAGAAUCACCUUCUAUAUCAGGUAAAUACAUGAACCAUCAUAACGUUUUCAGAGAGCAUGGCGAUGACAGUUGGUUUAUAGUCAACGACACCAGGGGAUAUGAGUAUAUUGUUGAAAAGUUGAAGGACAGUUUCCUUCCGAAAGAUGAUAAACGGAUGGUCUUCAACAAAAAAGUAACCCAUAUUGAAAACUGGGAUGUCAAGGAUUCAAUGGUUAAAGUAUAUACAGAUGACGGAACAUUAUUCGAGGCAGACUAUGUGAUAGUAACUUUCAGCCUUGGUGUUCUACAAUCAAGAAACGUAACUUUCAGCCCUCCUUUACCCGACUGGAAGUUGGUGGCAAUAGAUAAAUUUGGCGUCGGACUGUACAUGCUCAUGUACUUUAAAUUUAGCACCUCAUUUUGGGACAACACUACUUGGAUCGUACACGUAACCGAAAGGCACGGGGAAUAUUUUGGAUGGUUCAACAUGAAUUACAUUUUUCCCGGUUGUAAUAUCCUUCAGUUACAGCUAGCUGGUGCAGAAGCAAAAGCAGCGGACCGCAUGGAAGACUCAAAACUUACCACAAAAGCAAUGGAAGUCUUGAGAGCCAUGUAUCCACUGGCAAAUGUAUCUGAGCCAGAGAACUUUAUUACUUCAAGAUGGAUGUCGGAUCCACUUGAUUUUGGUGCAUUUAGCUAUUGGACGCCGAGCUUUACUCUUAAAGACAUGGAUGACCUUGGACAACGUAUUGGGAAUUUAUAUUUCGCCGGAGAAUAUAUUAACAAAACUAACCAUGGCUAUGUGCAUAGCGCUUACACCUCUGGUAUCAGUGCUGCACUGGAGCUUAUGGCGUGUAUUGAGGAUAACUCUUUGUGCCAGGAUCGUGAAAUAACAAAAGAAGCUGAAAACAAGUGUACUGUAAAUGACGGUAAUGGAAUGACACAGUACCUGUAUCGAGUAUUUGUACUCGUAAUAAUAGCUGUGCAAAUGAAGAUCAUUAUGUUAUAAACUUAUAAUACAUACCGAAAUAACACUUUGCCGCGCUUAUAAAGGUUUUAUCUCUUGUGAUGUACAUUUUAGAAUUUAUUAUUACAUGAUUGAAAUAGAAAUCCAUAUAUAAUUGAAACUCUCAGUUAUGUCUAUGCAAUAUUUAUCUGCAUGCAAGUUAUUUCACAGGUCUGUAAUGACUAGAUAUGAUGAGAAUCACCAAGAUUCGCGCGCAUUGCCCUGUCUAUUACAUGACGUGACUUUCCCACGACUUGAAAUGCCAUUGUAACUCUAUAAGUACAUGUUUCCAGGCAAGUGAGGAUUUCUAUUACAGGGUUCACGCGUAUUGUCCGGUCUAUUACAGGAUUCACGCGUAUUGCCCGGUCUAUUACAUGAUUCACGCGUAUUGCCCGGUCUAUUACAGGAUUCACACGUAUUGUCCGGUCUAUUACAGGAUUCACACGUAUUGCCCGGUCUAUUACAUGAUUCACGCGUAUUGUCCGGUCUAUUACAGGAUUCACACGUAUUGCCCGGUCUAUUACAGGAUUCACACGUAUUGCCCGGUCUAUUACAUGAUUCACACGUACUGCCCGGUCUAUUACAGGAUUCACGCGUAUUGCCCGGUCUAUCACAUGAUUCACACGUACUGCCCGGUCUAUCACAGGAUUCACGCGUACUGCCCGGUCUAUUACAGGAUUCACACGUAUUGCCCGGUCUAUUACAGGAUUCACACGUAUUGUCCGGUCUAUUACAUGAUUCACGCGUAUUGCCCGGUCUAUUACAGGAUUUACGCGUAUUGCCCGGUCUAUUACAGGAUUCACACGUAUUGUCCGGUCUAUUACAUGAUUCACACGUAUUGCCCGGUCUAUCACAGGAUUCACACGUAUUGCCCGGCCUAUCACAGGAUUCGCUCCGGCCUGAUAUGGAUUUCCUCGACAGCGUAUAUCCCGUAUCCUGUCACCAACAAGCUGUGUAACUAAUAGUAUUCCGUGCAUGUUUUGAAAUAUUUUUGUAUUACAGCGUUCAUCUUUUGCAAGUGAUAUCAAAAUUCUGUAUACAGUGGUAAAUAACAGAUAUAGCGACUUUUAUUAUUAUUACAUGUAUUUCCUUAAGAAAUGCGGUCUUAGGCCUUACCCUGCAAAAUUUCAAGAAUAAACCUGUCCAUCUUUCAGAAUGGACAUAACCAUUAACUGUUUAAAGGGGUGCUUAUGAAAACGAUACAGAAUGAAUGGCGAACAGUACAGACCAUGAUCAAACUGCGUGGAUGUGUAGGCUGAUCUUCGUCUGCACUGGUCGAAAAGGCAAAAUCACUUGCCACCAACAUUCUAAGGGUUUUAAUUUUAUGCUAACUGAUGAAAUACUAUGUUUUAUCAGUGAGAUAUAAUCUACAUCACUCACUGUAUAUUACUCACUGCUUUGCCGAUCUACUUGUACAUUGUGUAUAAAUUUUAAAUUUUUAUUAUUAUUAUUAUUAUUAUUAUUAUAAUUUACCAGAUUUUUAUAGCGCUCUUUUCAUCUAUAAAAUGAACGUUCAAAAGCGCUGUACAAACUACAUACCACAGAAUGAUAUGGACAUACAAUACAACACAAAAAAAAUAAAUCAACAAUAAAAGGUAUUUAUCCUGAA